AUCCUCGGCUCUCCCCCUCCCAAAGCGCCCGCCAUGUUCUGGAGGAGGGGAAACCUUUAGCUUGGCAUUAGCAUUAGCAACACUUUGGCUAGGCGGAGGCGCAACAAGCUCGCUGCAAUAAGUACACUAUCUUGAUUUUUUUUCUCUUCUCCUUUUCUUGGCAUUCCUCUGGAAUUGGGGGAACACGUUUAAGGGUUUACAACCCUGGACUCUCGUUUAAGUCCGACCCAGUUCGAUACAUACGUUGUGUUCAAUAAAGACCAACCCUGUCAAGCUCAUGAGAGACGUCCAGACGAGUAUUCAAUCUCCGCUUUCCAUCGCUCUGCUUUGCAGCUCUGUCAAGGUAAUGGCACGGUUGCAAAUACUGCCGGCACUUUGUGUGUGGAGAUGGUUUUAGCAGACAUUGUACCGGAGGACUCAGGAACAUCGCACUGGCCUGAAGAAGCCUCAUAAACUCUUAUCCCGGCAUCAAGUUUUUCAAAAACAAGGAGGCUUUGACAUCUCGCUGUUGCUUAAUUACGCAAAAACUUAGCUCCUGCUCUUGUUUGAAUUUCAAUCAUUUCUCCAACGCUGGUCCCGUUUCGACCGCCACCAUGCCGAGCUCCACCAUCCGUCGCCAAAUGAAGAACAUGGUGAACAACUACUCUGAUGCGGAGAAGAAAGUCAGAGAGGCCACCUCCAACGACCCUUGGGGGCCCUCAUCUUCACUCAUGUCGGAAAUCGCCGACUUAACCUACAACGUGGUGGCCUUUAGCGAGAUCAUGAGUAUGAUCUGGAGACGACUCAACGACCACGGCAAGAACUGGCGCCACGUCUACAAAGCGCUCACCCUGCUCGACUACCUGAUCAAGACGGGCUCGGAGCGAGUGGCGCUGCAAUGCAAGGAAAACAUCUUUGCCAUCCAGACUCUGAAAGACUUCCAGUAUGUCGACCGAGACGGGAAGGACCAAGGCAUCAACGUGAGGGAGAAGAGCAAGCAGCUCGUGGUCCUUCUCAAAGACGAAGAGCGUCUCAAAGGAGAGCGGUCUCAAGCUUUGAAGACCAAAGAGCGCAUGGCCCAGGUAUCCACAGGGAGCGGUCAAAUGGGCUUUGGUCGAGGCUCAUCGCAGCCCAACCUCUCGACUUCCUACAGCGAAGAGUACGGCAGGUCAGAGGGCUCGCCUGCAUCCUACCAUGGCUCUACGUCUCCCAACGCGGGAUCAGAACUGGAACAAGCCAGACCGCAGACGAGCGGCGAGGAGGAGCUGCAGUUGCAACUGGCUCUGGCCAUGAGCAGAGAAGCCGCGGAGCAGGAGGACCGCAUACGCAGAGGGGACGAUUUAAGAUUACAGAUGGCCUUGGAGGAGAGCAAGAAAGGAGGUCCGGACUCUGGCAAACUGAUCCACAAGAGAAAAGAGCCGCAAUCAUCUCUGAUGGAUUUGAUGGAUGUCCCAGAGGCAGGUGCCAGUGCUGACCCCUGGGGUGCCAGAGCUCUGGCUAAAGGAGACCCCUGGAAACCUUAUGGUUCUGCUUCUAAGUCGGCAGCCCCAGCGGACCCAUGGGGGGCUCCUACCUCAGUUCCUCCCAUGAAGAGCAGCGAUCCCUGGGCAUCAAACUCCACUCCCGCGUCCGAUCCCUGGGGCUCGGCAGCCACUCGCCCUAAGGCCUCCAACACAGGUAGCUUUGAGCUGUUCAGUGAAUCCAAUGGUACGUCCAAAGAGGACUUCUCAGAGUUUGACAGCCUGCGCUCCUCCUCCUCUGUCCCUGCUGGUGAUGGUGGUUUACCAUCCUCGAUUCCCUCCCAAGCCAGUCUCGCUAGCAGCGGCAGCUUGGACCUCUUCGACCCUCUUCCCACAUCCGGCUCUACUUCUUCAAAUCCCACCAGGAAGACUCCAGAGUCUUUCCUGGGGCCCAAUGCUGCCCUGGUCAACCUGGAUUCUCUGGUGACCAAACCAGUCCAACCUGCACCAGCGUUCAACCCAUUCUUGGCUUCAACAGGUGGCGCCGCCGCCUCAGCCUCCGCCACAGCCUCCGCCGCAGCCUCCGCUGCCCCUGCCAAUCCCUUCCAAGUGAGUCAGCCGGCUCCUCCGACCCUCAACCAGAUGCGAGUCAGCCCCAUGCCUUCGGGGUUCGCCAGCGGCAUGGCCGAUCCCAUGGCCGUAUCCUCCAUGCCCAUCGUACCCAUCAACAUGGCAGGCGUGGCCCCGGCGGGGGGGCACUCAAUGGGUGCAAUCGGGGUCGGCGCUCUGCCCCAGCCAAUGAUGAGCUUGCCCCCCCAGGCUGGAUCGCAGCCCACUGGAGCCACCAACCCGUUCCUUUUGUGAGGGGAUGACUGCAGGACAACUUGCACCUCCCCAAAAGCUCUUGUCCCAUCAAUCCCUUUUCUAACAAGGUCAUAAACAACGUGGCAUCCUUUUAACAUUACCACACGCUUCCUCCUCCUUCCUCUCUCAGUGCUACCAACCGCCUUGUCCUAUGUGUUCCAUUUCCAUCCGACACUGUCCGUUUGGCAUCAGAGUUAGAGUAGCAGGGGUGUUUACAUUCCCCCCCCCCCCCCACCGAGGCAGGUUAAGACGGUCAGUCCACUAGCCUCUCACCCGACUGCCUCCCUUCUGCCGUAGGAUUGCUCCUUUCUUCUGGAGUGACAGAAGCCUGACUCGAGCUAACGCCAGGAUCUUAUCUCGUCACUAGAGCUAAUCUUUUAUAAGCCCUGUCAGCUGAAUAAUGUGUGUGUGAGUGUGUGUGUGUGAGUGAUUGCAUAUACUAGUGCUAUUACACUGUGUAUUUUCCAGGAAGCUUUUCCUUCACUUACUGGAGUUAGAAUGAUAGAGACCGUCAGAAAUGUUUAUACAGUGUGUGAGUGUGUGUUCCAAAGCAGGGAUUUUGCACAUUUUGUUAUUUUUUUUCUUUCUUUCAAACAAAAUUAUUUCUGCAACUUUUGGGCUCACCAUUACACCUUAGCGUAGGCAAGGAGGCUAGCUGCUAACCAGGAUGUGACAGCGUCAAUUUUAUUUUUUUUUGAUUUACCGCACUGCGCUCAUCUGAGCACUCUGCUUGGACCACCACAAAACACGCCAAUUUCCAAGGGUCACCAUCAUAACAUUGUGUGAACGCUUCGAAAAAGGAGAUGAACUCCGUGUCCGAGUGAUUCAGCGGCGUGGCAUGCUCGCCUGCCAAUGCCUCAAUGCUACAACUCCAUCUGAUGUUUAACACCAAGGCCACACCCUAAAGUGGCUUUAGACAUAAAAUAUGAACUGUGACAGCGUCAGUAUUCAACAUCAUAGCGAGGCAUUGCGGGAUUUGUUUUUGUACUAGGGUCAAAGGGAGUUUGAGCGAGCGAUACCAGCUUCCAUGUGUACUUGAAUGAGUAAUGUCAAUUGUUAAGUGGUCCCCCCCCCCCUCCAGGUGGCGGUUAUGUCUGCAACAUAUUGUGUUGGCUCAUCAACAACGUUGAGAGUUUGAUCUGGCGAACACGCAGAAGUUCCAGGGAGGAGGUCGUAGGUCAUUACCCACGGUUACUUUUUUUGUUAUUUACUUGUGCUAAUCCUUAGCAAAAUCCUUUAUUUGUGUUGUUGGGGUGUUUACUAGCUGCAUAUUCAAUUUGAAACUACAUGAGGUCAUUCUAGUGUUUUCACCCUAUGGGUCAGCCAUUCACUUCUCUUAGAAGCACAACUGUUAUCAAAGUCACAGCGACUGAUCUUCGAGGAUGACCCCCCACCCCCCCAGAGUAGGCUCUUAGUGGGUAACACUCCAUGCCGUGUCAUUUAGAGCUAGUUUUAAGUUUGUGCAAAAUGUUUCUAUAUUGGAGUACUACGUUGUAGAAAAAUUGUGUGUAAUACGAGAUGAUGGAGGCAAAUCUAUCUCUUCAAUUGUCUAUCACUGCCAAUAUUUUUUCUUUGUUUUCGAUCGUUUGGUGUGCCGCCGCCCCCUUCCUAUCUGCUGUGCUACACUAUUUGGGCCCUUCAUUGCGCCAAAAAAAGCGCUACAUUUGUCUCAGGCAAAUGGAGGGAUGGCUUCAACUGGGAUUUUUUUUUAUGCUUGGCUGAUGGCUGGAUGCCUGAAUUAAGUGCACACAGUCCAGCGAAACUGUUUAAUUGCAAAAUAUAUAUAUGCAAACAUUGUGGAAAGAUCAUAAAAAAAAAAAAGCAAAAUGAAAAGGUGUUUUGCAAAGUUGGAUUUGCUAAUACUGGGCCUACUGUAAUCUGUUUUUCUCACCCUCCUAGAUGUCACUAACCUUGAAGUGAUGAUGGCUGCAUUAAAAGAGAGAGAAAAAAAAUGGAACUGUCGGAUGACAACUUCAAAUGACCACUUUUUUCCGACUGUGUACUUACAUGUGGCAAGCUUACGAGGCAUCACUUUGUAUUCACUAUGCUUUUAUUGAGAGGAAACUACCCGACCUUACAAGACUGUCUUUAUAUGCAUUAAUUAGCCACCUUUUUAUUCUUCGUCACGUCUUGUCUAGUUACCCUUCUCAUAGUACCGGGAGCAGGCUGCUUUUUAUUCGAUGUGCUCAAUCUGUCGGCAUUAUAACUGUAUAAUAUAAUUUAUCAUUUGUACUAUUGUAACAUACCGUUCUUUUUUUUUUUUUUUGACCUUUAUUAUUCUGUGUUAUGGGUUUUUGUAGGAAAACAUCACCGUGGAAUCUUAACGGCAUCUAAACAAAAUGAGAGCAACAGGCCGCAGACUGUUGGUUGAGGAUGAGUGUAGCUGCAUUGGUUCAAAAUAAAAUGUAUAUCACUUUCAGCUCGAA